GGGCUGGGCUGCCAGGGGAGACCGAAGGGGCAUCGAUCCUGUGACCCCUUAGCCAAGCCCUAGCCCCGGACUUUCCGAAGAAGGCAAUGAGCGCUUGGCUCCUGCCAGCCGGAGGGCUUCCCGGCGCCGGGUUCUGUGUCCCUGCGCGGCAGUCUCCGUCCAGUUUCUCGCGGGUCCUGCGCUGGCCAAGGCCUGGGCUACCGGGACUCCUGCUACUGCUACUGCUCCCAUCUCCUUCUGCCCUCUCUGCUGUGUUCAAAGUGGGGGUGCUGGGCCCCUGGGCUUGCGACCCCAUCUUUGCACGGGCCCGACCAGACCUGGCUGCGCGUCUGGCCGCCAACCGCCUGAAUCGUGACUUUGCUUUAGACGGCGGCCCCCGGUUCGAGGUUGCGCUGCUCCCAGAGCCCUGCCUGACUCCGGGCUCACUAGGGGCUGUGUCCUCUGCGCUGUCUCGAGUCUCUGGCCUGGUGGGUCCGGUGAACCCCGCAGCCUGUCGGCCAGCCGAACUGUUGGCUCAAGAAGCUGGAGUAGCGCUGGUGCCCUGGGGCUGCCCUGGCACGCGGGCGGCGGGUACUACAGCCCCGGCGGUGACCCCCGCUGCAGAUGCUCUCUACGUCCUCCUUAGAGCAUUCCGCUGGGCGCGCGUGGCCCUGAUCACUGCACCCCAAGACCUGUGGGUGGAGGCGGGACGCGCUCUGUCCACAGCACUCAGGGCCCGGGGUUUGCCAGUUGCCCUAGUGACUUCCAUGGAGACUUCAGACCGGUCUGGAGCCCGGGAGGCCCUCGGGAGGAUCCGAGAUGGGCCUAGAGUUAGAGUAGUGAUCAUGGUGAUGCACUCGGUGCUGCUGGGCGGCGAGGAGCAGCGCUACCUACUGGAAGCUGCAGAAGAACUGGCUCUGACUGAUGGCUCCCUGGUUUUCCUGCCCUUCGACACGCUUCACUACGCUUUGUCUCCAGGCCCGGAGGCUCUGGCUGCAUUUGUCAACAGCUCCCAGCUCCGCAGGGCUCACGAUGCGGUGCUCACACUCACGCGCCGCUGUCCUCCUGGAGGCAGCGUGCAAGACAGCCUGCGCAGGGCUCAAGAACACCAGGAACUGCCCCUUGACCUCAACCUGAAGCAGGUCUCUCCGCUGUUUGGCACCAUCUAUGAUGCUGUCUUCCUGUUGGCUGGGGGCGUGAAGAGAGCAAGAACAGCGGUGGGUGGUGGCUGGGUGUCAGGUGCAUCUGUAGCCCGCCAAGUACGGGAAGCACAAGUCUCUGGCUUUUGUGGGGUCCUGGGAAGAACCGAGGAGCCCUCCUUUGUGCUGCUGGACACAGAUGCAUCCGGAGAACAGUUGUUCGCAACACACCUGCUAGAUCCUGUCUUAGGCUCCCUGCGUUCUGCAGGGACCCCCAUGCACUUCCCUAGAGGUGGACCUGCCCCGGGACCAGACCCUUCCUGCUGGUUCGAUCCAGAUGUGAUCUGCAACGGAGGGGUGGAGCCAGGCCUGGUCUUUGUUGGCUUCCUCCUGGUGAUAGGGAUGGGACUGACUGGAGCCUUCUUGGCUCAUUACUUGAGGCACAGGCUGCUACACAUGCAGAUGGCUUCCGGCCCCAACAAGAUCAUCUUGACGUUGGAAGAUGUUACUUUCCUCCACCCACCGGGAGGCAGCUCUCGAAAGGUGGUCCAGGGAAGUAGAUCCAGUCUGGCUACCCGGAGCGCAUCAGACAUUCGCAGUGUCCCCAGCCAGCCCCAAGAGAGCACCAACGUUGGCCUCUAUGAGGGGGACUGGGUUUGGCUGAAGAAGUUCCCAGGGGAACAUCAUAUGGCUAUCAGGCCAGCAACAAAGACAGCCUUCUCCAAGCUUCGAGAGCUCCGGCAUGAGAAUGUGGCUCUCUACUUGGGACUCUUCCUGGCGGGUACAGCAGACAGCCCUGCCACCCCUGGGGAGGGCAUCUUGGCUGUGGUCUCAGAGCACUGUGCUCGGGGUUCCCUCCAUGACCUCCUGGCCCAGAGAGAAAUAAAGCUGGACUGGAUGUUCAAGUCUUCCCUCCUGCUGGACCUCAUCAAGGGAAUGAGAUAUCUGCACCAUCGCGGUGUGGCCCACGGGAGGCUCAAGUCACGGAAUUGCGUGGUGGACGGGAGGUUCGUGCUCAAGGUGACAGAUCAUGGCCAUGGGCGACUGCUGGAAGCGCAAAGGGUGUUACCGGAACCUCCCAGUGCAGAGGAUCAGCUAUGGACAGCCCCAGAGCUUCUUCGGGACCCCUCCCUGGAGCGCCGGGGAACUCUAGCUGGUGAUGUCUUUAGUCUGGCCAUCAUCAUGCAGGAGGUCGUGUGCCGCAGCACCCCUUAUGCCAUGCUGGAACUAACGCCCGAGGAAGUAAUACAGAGGGUGCGGAGCCCUCCUCCACUGUGUCGGCCCUUGGUGUCCAUGGACCAGGCACCCAUGGAGUGCAUCCAGCUGAUGACACAAUGCUGGGCAGAGCAUCCAGAACUUCGGCCUUCCAUGGACCUCACCUUUGACCUGUUCAAGAGCAUCAACAAGGGCCGGAAGACCAACAUCAUCGACUCCAUGCUUCGGAUGCUGGAGCAGUACUCUAGUAACCUGGAGGAUCUGAUCCGAGAACGCACAGAGGAGUUAGAGCAGGAGAAGCAGAAGACAGACAGGCUGCUCACACAGAUGCUGCCUCCAUCUGUGGCUGAGGCCCUGAAGAUGGGGACAUCUGUGGAGCCUGAGUACUUUGAAGAGGUGACACUCUACUUCAGUGACAUCGUGGGCUUUACCACCAUUUCAGCCAUGAGCGAGCCUAUUGAGGUGGUAGACCUGCUUAAUGACCUCUAUACUCUCUUCGAUGCCAUCAUCGGUGCCCAUGAUGUCUAUAAGGUGGAAACAAUUGGAGAUGCAUAUAUGGUGGCCUCCGGGCUGCCGCAGAGGAACGGGCAGCGGCACGCUGCAGAGAUUGCCAACAUGUCACUGGACAUCCUCAGUGCAGUCGGCUCCUUCCGCAUGCGCCAUAUGCCCGAGGUACCGGUGCGCAUCCGCAUUGGUUUGCACUCAGGCCCGUGCGUGGCGGGUGUGGUGGGCCUCACCAUGCCUCGGUACUGCCUGUUCGGGGACACGGUCAACACUGCCUCGAGAAUGGAGUCCACUGGACUGCCUUACCGCAUCCACGUUAACAUGAGCACUGUUCGGAUUCUUCGCGCUCUGGACCAAGGCUUCCAGAUGGAGUGUCGAGGCCGCACGGAGCUGAAGGGCAAGGGUAUUGAGGACACGUACUGGCUUGUGGGCAGACUUGGCUUCAACAAGCCCAUUCCCAAACCACCUGAUCUGCAGCCAGGGGCCAGCAACCAUGGUAUCAGCCUGCAGGAGAUUCCCCCAGAGAGACGCAAGAAGCUGGAGAAAGCCAGGCCAGGCCAGUUUACUGGGAAGUGAAGCUCUACUGGGGACAGGUAUCGUGUCUUCCCUCACCCUCAGAAGUAGAGUAAAAAGAUUAUUGUUUUGUGUAUAUAUUAAUUAAUGCUACAAAUUAAUAAAGCGGCAAUUAUUCCUUAACCACCUUUCCCCCCCCCAAUAACGACACAGAGACCUUUUAAUAUUUCAAAGCUUUAGGCCUUAUCUGGGCAGACUCUCAACUAGCUCACCUAAGUUAACUGAACCACCUAGCUAUAUCCAGCCACAUGGAUAGCUAUACAUUCUAGGCGUGUGACCAAGCCAGUCUCCUCCAUGCCUCCUGGUGACAUGACAGGGUUUUUCUUUUUCCCAAAGUUCCUUUCUUCCUUCCAGGCUGUCCCGCUUGCACUUCCUGCCCAGCUCAUAGGCUGUCAGAUUUUUUUUUAUUAAAGCCAAUCAAAGGAUGCUUUGGGUUGGUGAGAAAGGACAGAGACAGUUUCACACAGUGUACCCCAACAGUCAGGAACCGCUCCCUUCUGUGGGUAUAGAGGGUGGAUGUAUGUCCUAGGGGUCAGGCUCCUCCUCACCAGAUUAGAGACUGGGUAGGGGUUGCCUGAAUGCUGUCACACCCAAGCCCGUGUCCCCAUUCCUCUCUGAUUUAGGGGGCAGAGGCUGACUCCUCAGCCCAUAAAAGAGACUUCCCUUGGAGGAAGUAUCAGCUUCAGGUAUACUCAUUCAGCAGGUCUGGGGUCAUCCCAGCACCAGGUUUGCCCUGACUCCCCCGAACAUAAGCCAGGCAUCUCAGAGAGGCCCCUCAGGUAUGUACUCCGCAGAGGAGAGAACUCUUGAGGAUAGCAUUUACCAGAGGCCAGUGUGAGGUUGCUUCUGCAGUUCUGUCAGAGCAGGUGGCCUUCAUGUCUUCCUCUGAGACAGCUUUUAUUCCUUCAGGAGUAUUCUGCAAGGCCCUUCCUGAAGUUCCUGCUACACAUGGGACUAAGGCCCAAGGCUUCUGUCCAGUUCUGCCUCCAAGGAUUCUGAGCCAGGAAUCUGCUGCAAACCAGCUCUGUGACCCUGGGAAGAUCUGAAGUGCUGCCCAGGCCCUCCUCAGUGGUAGAAUGGAGGGGGGGAACUAAGCGGUUUCCAUCACCUGUGGCCCUUACAGUGUGGCUUUAGAAUGACUGAUCCCAUUGGGCACAUGCCCCCCCCCACCCCCGCCCUGUUCCAAGGACCCUGAGCUCAUUGGAGAGUGCAGAGGUGGCAGUCCCCCACUCUCUAGGUCCUGUGAGACCCCAAAAGUAAGGAUCUGGGUUCAGAAACCCCAGGGGAAGUGGAGGCCUCAUGUUCUACCAGGUCAGGGGUCAUGAUGUAGCCUGGAAAGACCAGGACCUCCGUUCACCCCAAGUCCUAUUCUCAACUCCAUCACUCACUGUUCAGAAACUGGUUCCUUCUCCAAUGGGCAGAACCAAAGCACUUGCCCAAGUGCAGAGAAAAGCUUGCUCUGGGGGAGGGAAACUAGCUGCACCCAAACUUUGCUAACCAGAGUGGUAAUGAAUAGUUCACUCUCAGCUUAGCUGGGUGCUGGUGAAUUGACCAUCAAAGAAAACCAUUUCUGCUGAGAUCUUUGUAACAAGCGCCCAUGCUCAGGACUGGCAAAUCCCCAGCUGCAGUUUCCUUUGCAGAACUUGGAGGUGCCAGAGCCUGGACUUUGGCAUGUUUGACUCUGGCUGUCUUCUGUCAUUGACAGAAUUCUGUCACCCAGACUCUGGCUGGAGACUGUUAGCACCAGACACCCAGUAGGUGGCGAGUGUCAGGACCUGGUGAUGUGCACAACUGGAGAGGCGUUGACAGUAUCUGAAGGAGACUCACUGGAGCCCUCAUUAUGGGAGGCACAGCUGGCAGGCCAGCCGCAUUGGCAUCACUGUUAGAACUCAGGAUCACUCCACAGCCACAGGUCAAGUCUGCAUGUUAAGGGGACCCCUCAAAGCAUUACAGGACCACAACAACUUCUUAAUCUGAGGAUGCCCAGGACAGAAAUUAGUCAUUAUACUUGUUUGUUUGGGCUCAUGAGAUGUUUUUAUUUGGGGCUAAAACAAUUAGAAAAUCAAUUUAAAGUGACAUACACACACACACAUAUUUGAAAAUCAACUUAAGGUAGUACACUAAACAGAGAGGGGGGUGGGGAAUAUGUGCACCAUUGGAGUCAGAGUCAGGUAUAGUAGCACACACAUGGCUUUAAUGCCAGCACUGAGCAGGUAGAGACAGAUGGAUCUGGGUUUGAAGCCAGACUGGUAUACAUAGUGAGUUCCAGGCCAGCCAGGGCUGCCAUUAGAACCUAUCUAAACAAAACAACUGUAUAUAAUUAUAUAGGUACUCUAUAUGCUAGGGCUAGAGAGAAAGCUCAGUGGUGAAGAGCACUUGUUAGUUUUCCAAAGGAUCCAGGUUUGAUAUCCAAGACCUACAGAGAGCCUAACAGUGGUCUAUUAACUCCAGUUCUGGGGACCUGACACUCUUCUGGCCUCUGUGGGCACCAGGCAUGCACAUGAUACACAGAUACACUCAGGCAAAACACCUAUACACAUAAAAUGAAUAAUUUUAAGAUAAAUCUAAAAAUCUUGACUUUAUUUAAAAAAUAAAAACAUAUAUAGUCACCUCUAAGUAUCUAUAAGGAACCAAUUCAAGGGCCUUGAUGGAUGCUAAAUCCCUUGGAUCUCAAGUCCCCUAUAUAAGAUGGGAAUUUUUAAAUUGUACCUAUGCCCUUUAUCCUGUGUGCUUUAAGUAAUUUCUGGAUUCUUUAUAAUGUAUAUGGUAGGGAAUAAUGACAAGAAAAACCGUCAGUACAUGGUCACUGCAGACACAGCCUCUAGGCCUAACUGCACAAUGCACAGUCAUGGUUGGCUUUGUUGACAUAAAAACCACAGCUCUCGUCUUAAAGGAGAUAAGAGAUGGUUUGUUCUGGAAUCAUUUUGAGUGACCAUGGCCUGGGGACACAGAUUUCGGUUAUCCCAGAUUCCAUGUUCCAACGUGGAAGCAGUUACAUGGGGUUUUACAUAAGGAAGAACAUCAUAAGUCAAGGCAAGUUUUAAAUACAUGGGUAUUAACAAGUUUUAAAUACAUGGGAUAUAACAGAGGUGCACACAGCCAGAUGGGGGAAGCCUGUCUAUAGGCCAGAGGUGCUGUUUAUGAAAGCUCUUGGAUUGGUGGAAGCCUGUGUUCUGCUAAAUUAACAGCUUCUAGGAGCUGCUUCUUAUUACAAGAUGUCAGCUCUACAUUAAUAGCUUCUGAGAGACUUCUAUUAUCACCAGGUGUUAGUUCCUAUACAGAAUGGGGUAAGGAGUGGCUGUUCUGGAAGGUAAAGCUAGCCCAGGACAGCCCAAGUUAAAGUAAUUAAUCUCAAAACCUACAAAAUUCCUGCCCAGAUUCCAAUAGAUCCAUCAGUCUCUGCAGACGCAGCUUCUUUUCAGGAAAUUUCAGAAAAAAUACAAAGGGCUAACUGUGCUACAGUCUCCCUUUUCCUGAAAUCAAAGCCACCAUGUGGGGCUUGUAUCACUCCCUGGCCACAGUCACUUUAAUCCAGGACGGCAUUCUCCAGUUCUCACCGGUCCUUACUAGUCCCCAAUAAUGCUAGCACCCCUGCCUGGCACCCGUAGACAUUCUGCCCCGGGUGUUAAGAUCUUAGCUGCUUCUAGAGAUUUCUGGUUUUCUCCUCCUCUUCUUCCUCCCUGUCCCCCUCCUCUUCUUCCUUUCUUUUUGUACUGAUGAAUGGCUUCCUAAUGGCAAUAAUAAUAAUCAUAAAUUAAAUACAUGCAGCCCUUUCAGUUCUGGUUAGCUAAGUGGUGCUGCUAAUAGGCUAUUUAGUGCAAUUUAAAAAUCUUUUAGCUAUGUUCAUAGAUGAUGAGUUAAAGCUGAAAACAAAGCAAAAAAAGAUCUGAUGUGCAUUUCACAUUGUUAAACAUCUUUCAUACAAGUUUUUCUCUGUACUUGGGUCCCAGGGUUGAAAGGUAGAUUCCAAAUUGCUGGCCUUAGACCUGACUGGGGAUUAGCUCUCAAAACUUCUGUCCUUCCUUCCCUCCUGUUCUCUCCCAUCCCUUCCUCCCCUUUCUGUCUGGGGCUUGGAGUAGCUGUUAGUAUUUAAUUCAGGAAGUCUCAAGAAAGAAUCACCCUGAGUUAGGAGCUGGAGGACUAGCCUGGGCAGGCUGGGGCAGGGCUCGAGGAGAGGGGAGAAGAGAAGAAAGGUUUCAUUGCUCCUCACAAGGCCACUCUAUCCCUCACUCUACCCCAUUACUCCCUCUGUCUCCUUCUCUGGCCCCACUCUCUUCCCUUUUCUCUCCUAGACCCCCUUUGACCACGUUUCUCCCAGACUUUCUCUGCAGCUUCCCCUAUUUCUGAGGACACCCCACCCCCACCCCUGUCAACCUGGGACUCUGAUUACUAACUGCCAAUCUUAGAGUCCUGACUCAAAUAUUCCCUGCCUCCCACUCUCUUGUCCACAGAUCCAGGCAACUCACGGCCCAUGAAAGCACCCGCCGUGGUCAUCACCUGGUACUCCACGGUUUCAGAGGUGUUUUUGCUACCUCAGCCAGCAGGCCUGCCCCAGGAGCCCACACUUGGGCUGUUCUUGCCUUUGGGAUGGCUCUGUAGCUGGGACCCAUCAUAGCCAAAGCAGGGACUUUCCUCAGCUACUGUCCGGGUUCCAAAGGGUGCCCCAGGGCUCACUGGCGCCUUCCUGUGUGAUGCUGUUUCAGCCUGGUCCCUGCUCUACCUGCUUAUGUGGGGUGGACCCCAGGCACUCCCCUUUGGGGAAGUGGGGUUACACCCAGGCUGGGACUUGUGACAUAACGUCGUAGGGUCAUCCGUACUCAUAGGAAUCUUUUGGACUUUGCAUCCAGCACACCAAGUGGUGUAUCUUGGUGGUUGGGACCUGGGAUGGUAGUGGCUGGAAUAAAGGUAUGUGUUCUUCUGC